AUGUCCCAAGUGGAUACGCUGCUGCAGCAGCAGCUCUUGCUGCAGCAGCCGCAGCAUUUGGUUUCGGUAGGAAAGGAGACGGCAGACGAAGAAGCAACAGCAGAAGCAGCAGCAGAAGCAGCAGCAGCACCUGCUGCUGCACUUGCUGCUGCGGUGUCUCCGCCCUGGCUUCCGCGUUCUGCUGCAGCAGCAGCAGCACCGCCAGACGGAGACCAAACCACAACUGCCAGCUGUACGCCCACGUCCUGCUGCUCCUGUGCUGCUGCAGACAGCAGCAGCAGCAGCAGCAGCAGCGGCAGCAGCAGCACGAGAAUCAUAACGGUGGAAGCUGCUGCCGGAGCGGGGCCUCCCAGCACCCCUGAAGCAGCAGCAGCUGCUUCUGCUGAUGCUCUUGCUGCUGAAGGGCAUCUGCCAGCGCAGCCGACAUCCGACGGUGAAGCUGGUGCUGCUGCUGCACCAGCAGCUGUUGAGAACAGCAGCACCACCAGCAGCAGCAGCAGCAGCAGCACCAGCAGUGCAAGCAGCACUAGCAGCAGCAGUGUACAGGAAGACACCGACCCAGCGACGCCUGGUGUUGCUGCUGCAGAGACGUUGGCAGCAGCAGCAGCAGAGAGCAGCAGCAGUGCUGCUGCAGCAAAGACCGCAGACACAGACGCGGGAGCAGCAGCAGCAGCAACAACCGAAGCUGCAACAGCAGCACCAGCAGCAAUGCAUGCUGUUGAUUUUACAGGAGGAGAAGGGGGUUUUGCAGCUGCCUCAUCCACAGCAGAUGCAGCGUUUGCUGCUGCUGCAGCUGCAGUAGCAGAUCCUGUCGCCGCAGCAGCAGGCUUUGAGGCUGCUGUUUUUGGUGCAGCAGCUGGCGGUGCUGCUGGGCAGCCUGGCGUUGACACAGCAGCAGCAGCGGCAGCAGCAGCAGCAGCAGCAGCAGCAGCAGGUGUGGGGCCGUUGGGGCCGCAGCUGCUUGGGACGGAUGUGCGGCUGCUGUUGCAGCAGGAGUCUCUGAAUCUGCUGCAGCAAACACAAGCUGCAGCAGCAUCUGCAAGAGAAGCAGCAGCAUCAGCUAACGUUGCAGCAAGACACGCAGAAGCAGCAGCGAAUGCCGUAGGAGAGCUCGCUGCUGCUGUGCGACGCUGCAGGCGCAGCAGCAGCAACAGCAGCAGCAGCAGCAGCAGCAACGGAUUUGGAGCAGCAGCAGCAGCAUCAGCAAAACGCGGCAACGCUGCAAGAGCCCAAAGGGGGCGUGGAGCUAAACGCAUGCGUCGCCAGCAGCAACAGGGCAGCAGCAGCAGCAGCACCGGGCACACCAGCAUUCCAGCAGCAAUUGCUGCAGCAGAGCAGCAGCAGCAGCAGCAGAAUGACGGUAGCAGCAACGAGACAGCAGAAGUCCCUCCCAUUUGCUGCUCCUCAGCAACAGCACUAUGGCUAGAACAAAGAGCAGCAGCAUUAGCAGCAGCUGCUGCUGCGAUGCUGCAGGAGCAGCAGGGCAACAACAACAACAGUAGCAGCAGCAGCAGCAGCAGCAAUUGCCCGCAGUGGGCCAACGAAGCAGUGGCAGAGGCAGCAGCAGCAGCUGCAGCAGCAGCAGCAGCAGGAGCAGCAGUUGGCCCCCUUAAGCACUUCAGCAGCAUUCCGGGUGUCUCCUUUCGCGAGUCGGGCCCUACAUCUCAGUGGGGAGUUUCGUGGAGAGACGCAGAGACAGGUUAG